UACCGAGGCCCUGACCAGGCAGUAAGUUUGAAAUUCUCACCUUAUCUCAAGUUUCACAGGCACCUUCCCCCUCGCAUGAGCCAAGGCAGCUUUGCAGGGCCACAACCCAUGAUGGGGAGGGGUCUUAGGAACCCGGCUUCGCCUCCCCUUCACACACUACACCCCCAAACAGCAGAGGCUCGUGGGGGUCUGGGCAUCUGCCCUCUCCCUCUUUUCCAAUUGUGCUCUUCGGGGCUCAGCAGCCUGGCUGUUUUGAGCCCUGAUGCCCUUGGCCUUGGUGUAAAUGGAGGCUCAGCAUGUGGUUUGGAGCAGCUGGAGAAUGUGAGGUGCUGAGGUAGGCAGGUGGCUGAAGAGCCUGCAGACUGUCCAGGCAGGCGGGGUGGGCAGGGAGGGCACCUCUCCCUCCUCACUGCCAUGUAAGGCAUCCACAUUCUUUCCCAGGGCCCUCCCUCCCGGGGCCUCCGGAGCAGGGGCUGCUCAGGAAUUCGAGCAGCAGGCUGACAACUGCGGCUCCGGGAGGGGCAGGAAACCCCUGUUCAUUUCAUGUUCCUGUCCCCCCAGCCUCAAACCCUCUCCUCCCUAACAGGCCAGCUGCCCUGGAAUAGGCCCUGGGUGCAGCACCUCCACCCGUCUCUUCCGAAAGUCCAGAGUGGAAAUUCAGGAGCCCUGGACAGAAGGGGCAUUGGAGCUCCCCUCAGAUCCAAGAGACCUGGCUGCCUUCCCAGCUCCCUGGCCUACCCAAGGCAUGUCCUAGGCAUUGGCUGCUCCCUGGUGGCCAGACAGGGAAGGACUCAUUCCUCCUCGCUGGCAACGUACCGCUAUUACCAGAACGUGUGCACCCACAGCUACUCCUUCGUGUGGUGGGACUGGGCCCGCUGGGAACAGGAGAUUGACUGGAUGGCACUGAACGGCAUCAACUUGGCACUGGCCUGGAGCGGCCAGGAGGCCAUCUGGCAGCGGGUGUACCUGACCUUGGGCCUGACCCAGUCGGAGAUCGAUGAGUACUUCGCUGGCCCUGCCUUCCUGGCCUGGGAACGCAUGGGCAACCUGCACACCUGGGGUGGCCCCCUGCCCCACUCCUGGCACCUCAAGCAGCUUUACCUGCAGCAUCGGAUCCUGGACCGGAUGCGCUCCUUCGGCAUGAUUCCCGUGCUGCCUGCGUUCGCAGGGCAUGUACCCAAGGCUAUAACCAGGGUGUUCCCUCAGGUCAAUGUCACCCAGAUGGGCAGCUGGGGACACUUCAACUGCUCCUACUCCUGCUCCUUCCUUCUGGCUCCCGAAGACCCCCUGUUCCCUGUCGUGGGGAGCCUCUUCCUGCGAGAGCUGACCAAGGAGUUUGGCACAGAUCACAUCUACGGGGCCGACACGUUCAAUGAGAUGCAGCCCCCCUCCUCAGAGCCCUCCUACCUCGCCGCAGCCACUGCCGCCGUCUACCAGGCCAUGGUCGCAGUGGACCCUGACGCCGUAUGGCUCCUCCAAGGCUGGCUCUUCCAGCACCAGUCCCAGUUCUGGGGCCCACCCCAGGUGGAGGCCGUGCUCAGGGCAGUGCCCCGCGGCCGCCUCCUCGUUCUGGACCUGUUUGCUGAGAGCCAGCCCGUGUACGUCCGCACAGCCUCCUUCCAGGGCCAGCCCUUCAUCUGGUGCAUGCUGCAUAACUUUGGGGGCAACCAUGGCCUGUUUGGGGCCCUGGAGGCCGUGAACCGAGGCCCCGCAGCCGCCCGCCUCUUCCCCAACUCCACCAUGGUAGGCACGGGCAUGGCCCCUGAAGGCAUUGGCCAGAACGAAGUGGUCUAUGCCCUCAUGGCUGAGCUGGGCUGGCGCAAGGGCCCAGUGGCGGAUCUGGGGGCCUGGGUGACCAGCUUUGCGGCCCGGCGGUAUGGGGUCUCCCACGAAGGCACAGAGGCAGCGUGGAGGCUGCUUCUCAGGAGUGUCUACAACUGCUCCGGCGAGGCCUGCAAUGGCCACAAUCGCAGCCCGCUGGUCAGGCGGCCAUCCCUACAGAUGGUAACCACUGUCUGGUACAACCGAUCGGAUGUGUUUGAGGCCUGGCGGCUGCUGCUGACAGCCACCCCCACCCUGGCCACCAGCCCAUCCUUCCGCUACGACCUGGUGGACCUCACUCGCCAGGCAGUCCAGGAGCUGGUCAGCUUGUACUAUGAGGAGGUGAGGACCGCCUACCUGAACAAGGAGCUGGUCCCCCUGCUGAGGGCGGCAGGCAUCCUGGCCUACGAGCUUCUGCCCUCCCUGGACAACAUACUGGCUAGCGAUAGCCACUUCCUGCUGGGCAGCUGGCUGGCGCAGGCCCGGGCAGCCGCGGUCAGUGAGGCCGAGGCCCGUUUCUAUGAACAGAACAGCCGCUACCAGCUAACCCUUUGGGGGCCAGAGGGCAACAUUCUAGACUACGCCAACAAGCAGCUGGCAGGACUGGUGGCCGACUACUACACCCCCCGCUGGCGACUCUUCCUGGAGACGCUGGUCGACAGCCUGGUCCGAGGCAUCCCCUUCCAGCAGCACCAGUUUGAUUCGCAUGCCCUCCAGCUGGGGCAGACCUUUGCCCUCAGCACACGGAGGUAUCCCAGCCUCCCCCAAGGCGACGCUGUGGAGCUGGCCAAGAAGCUCUUCCUCAAAUAUUACCCCCGGUGGGUGGCUGGCUCCUUGUGACAGAUGAACCACCCCUGGGCCAUGUUCUCCCCAAACUCCAAGCCUGGGCAGGUUCCGGGGGUCUGGAGCUGGGCAAGCGUCACUGGAGGUCCCCAAGCCUGGGCGAAGGGACUCAAGACCUGCCGGUCAGAUUGAGGUUAGGGGAUUUGGGGGGAAGUGAGCUGCCCUCCUCCACCACCCCAAAUUCGGGACCAAAGUACCGUUUUAAUACAACUUAAUAAACUGGUGAAUCACC